AUGAGUUGGGAGGGGCGGCGAAGUGGGUUGUUGGGAUCAACGGUAAAAAGGAUGAUGUUCGUUCAUGCAAGACUUAUGAAAUUUGAUAGAGUUCUUCUCAUCGGCCAGGUAUCGUCGGCGUCACGAAAAAUACGACACGAAAAAGAGGUGCAACACGAGGACUUCCCGGGAGAGUUCUUCUCAUCGGCCGGUAUCGUCGGCGUCACGAAAAAUACGACACGAAAAAGAGGUGCAACACGAGGACUUCCCGGGAGAAAUGAGUUGGGAGGGGGGCGGCGAAGUGGGUUGUUGGGAUCAACGGUAAAAAGGAUGAUGUUCGUUCAUGCAAGACUUAUGAAAUUUGAUAGAGUUCUUCUCAUCGGCCAGGUAUCGUCGACGUCACGAAAAAUACGACACGAAAAAGAGGUGCAACACGAGGACUUCCCGGGAGGUCACCCAUCCUAG